AUGAUGCACUGCAGCUGCAGCAACAGGGACCACGGAGUAACGAGAUAUCUUGUGUUACCUCCUCCUCCACCAGACGAGGAUGAAACACGUGAGACAUUUCGGACCUCUCUCUUCAGAUACCUUGGACUUGAAAUUCAGACUGUGAACGACCCCAGUCCAUCCUCCUCUCUCGAGGAGGUAGGGUCGCUCUCCCCGUGUACAAAUGGACCUAAGGAAAAAACAAAGGAGCUCCGGCUGCUAAGAAUAUGCACCUGCCUCUGUGAUUGGUGUGUGCGGGUGUCCUGUGGAGCGUGGCUCGACGCGCUUCGAGUCAACAAUGCCUCAGAUAGUGAUCUCUACUUCUUCGAGGGUCACCUACGGAGAGCACCAAAAACAGAUAAGAAUGGUGCAGACAGAAGGGGCUCUGAAAGUAGAAAGGGUGGGAAGAGCGUAACCUGCUACCGACUGGCUGAAGGGAGAGAAAAGGAGAGUAGAGAAGAUGCAUGGGGCCUUCUCGCGGGAUGUGUAAUGCCCUUUAGUUACCGGCACUGCUUAGGGAUUAUGCAAAAGCCCUUUAGGGUGAUGCUGAAAAAUCAUCAGGAUCAGUGGACGGCCAACGAUGAGGAAACAAAAGCCGUCACUGCUCGCUACGCAGCCCAGGCCCGCCGGCUGUUUUCUCUCUUCUGCUCCCCGGCAAAUACUAUUAGGAGCUACACUCCACAUGAGGGUCAAACUGCCACGUUUCGCUCUUCAGCUGCUGAGAUUGGGGCAUAUAUCCACCCAGGGGUUAAGGUUGCCCACUUUGAUGGCGAAGGGAGAGGCCUUGUGGCGGCAGAAGAUCUACGGCAAGGAGAUCUACUGCUACGCUUGCCGGCUUCUGCUCUGCUCAAUGUGUACACUGCCCUCGCACACCCCACUUUCUCACCCCUUGCUCAGGUGUUGCUGGGUCUUCCACCCGAACAUUUGAAGCCACAGUCUGCUGAAGUGGCUCCUGGGACUGCAAAGCAGAGGCAAGAACCAGGCCAUCAUAAAGAGCAGCCAAUAGAGGUACAGCCCCUUGUUGACUGCGAUGUAGUCGUGUGCCUUUUCCUUUUAUUUCUCGCGUUCACAUCUGGCGAAGAAGGGGGCAGGGCUCUCCUGCGUUUUCUCCCACCUGCUGGCUCGGCUGAUGCUGCUGCUACAGCAGAGGCCCUCUACAGGUGUGCAGCUGCGGCGAAGGCUGCAGAGAAUGGGACAACGGAGGAGGCAAUGUUCUUGAAUGACGCUGAAAAAGUCGCAGAGUUCCUUGGGGAUGCUGCUUUGACGGAUGCCGUUAACCGUACCCUGGCAAAGUGCCGCAUGAUGGAACAGGAGCUGGUCCCGCUUCUGCAGCAGACCUUUCCUCCCAUUUCAGGAGAGGAGCGACGAGGUGUACUUGCUGCCUGCAGAGCAGCAGCAACAGCAGGUUUGGCGGAUUCGAAGGACUCGCUAUCUGUGUCUUCCCUACCAGCCGGUGCAGUGGCCGCAGCUGCUGAAGUUGCAGCGGCCUCGCGAACAAUGCUUGCACCCGCUUUGAAGGGCACGGACUUACUUAGGGUGUUUCUAGGUGAGCUGAGCUACGAAGACUUCCUGUGGGCUCAUUUUGUUCUCGAUUCACGUUCGUUUUCUCUGCCUGUGGAGCCCGAGGGCCUGCUUGAUCAAGUUUGCCUUGUAGAAGACCACUCCUCACGGCCCUGUCCAAAUUUGGAGGCCAAUAAAACUCAGGACGAGGGAGACGAAGAAUCACAGGAAACUUUUUCUGUGCCUUUUCUUCCGGAGGUGAAUGAAGUGGCUCCAGUUAAAGAUUCGCACCCUGUUUUUCUACAACCGGGAGCUUCGGGAGGCGCAGCGAGACCUUUUUUCGUUCGUGUCCCAGCCCGUUGCACCUCUCUCGUUCCUCUUGGAGAGCUGCUCAACCAUCACUAUCACGGGCAAGUGUUGUCUCCUGCAUUCGAGGGCGAUGAACACUCGCUUUGCUUACGCCUGGCAUGCGACGUACCGGCCGGCGCUCAGAUAUACGCACACUAUGGGCCCCUUCAGUCAUGGCAGUUUCUGGCAUAUUUCGGUUUCUGCCCCCGUUCGUUUCUUGUCUUACAACCGAACCAAAAGAAUACGCAGGUUCGCCUGCAGGCAGAGCCACAGGAAGCAACUGCGGAGAACGAAUGGCUGUUUACAGGAGAAAGCGCCGGCAACCCAAUGGAUUUCCUAACAAUACAGGUUGAGGUUCCUGAGGACGAUGCGGAACAUGGGCUAAAAAGUGGACUCAUAGAGCUACACAGAUUGCCUUAUUGCGGCCUCUUUUGCACCGGAAUCGAAAGCGUCUCGUGGAAGUUCCUAGCCUCCCUUUUUGUUAGCUCUCACGUCUCCCUGGAUGACUUUAUACUUUCUGGAGGAAACGGGGGCUCUGCGGGACCGGCAACGGCCGCUUUGGAGGCAGACGAGAAGGUGUGGGGCCCUACGACUCACUCAGCUCGACGAAUGGAUGAAGACUCCGGAAGUGGCUCCUGCAUGGACGGAGCUCUGGGGAGAUACGCUUCGCACAUUUUUGCACAACCAGAUAGCUCUUGCAAACACACAAAUGACGGCACUUGCCAAGUGUAUCCCUACGGAUACCGAGCAUAA